AUCGGUUGCAAUUUACAAGUCGCUCUAGGGUUUCGGUGGAAACACGCACCAGGCGGCUGGUUCCCUGUUUCAUUUGAAAGAAAACUCAGACACAAAAGAAUCAGUGAGUUAGUUUAAGGAAAUAAAAGUGUUGACCAUGGAGAGGAGGAUUGCUACCUUGACUCUGCUGUCUCUGGUGCUGUCAGGUGUUGGUGCCAUCCUUGUGACCAUCCCGCAGGUGUUAUAUGAGGUUGCCAGGGGUAAGAAUGUCACACUGCCCUGCAGCAUUAAAUUCCAAGGUACUGGUACCCCCAAACAAGUCAUCGUCACAUGGUCUGCUGUGGCUGACACACCAGGCACUCAAGAGGAUGCUGUCCUCACUUAUUAUUCUACUGAACAAAUUACUGACAUCGGUACGCUGUAUGAAGGCCGGGUGUCCCUGGAUGUAGAUGCUGCCACGGCAAAUGCCAACCUGAAACUGUCCUCAACCACACUAAAUGACAACAGGGUGUUUAAGUGCCAUGCCCUGAUUCCAAGUGACGUUAAGGGCACGCCGACCGCCACUACACGUCUGGUGGUUCUAGUGGCUCCAACUACGCCCAUCUGUACGAUCCAGGGAAAGGCAGAGUACGGCCAGAACAUCAACCUGACCUGUUUGUCAGCGGAAGGCUCCCCGCCACCCACUUAUACGUGGCAAAGUCUAGAUGCCAUGAACAAACCUCGUGAUCUACCCCCCAGAGCCACCGCCCAGGGAGGCAUCCUGUCUCUAUACAAUAUCUCCAAAGAUACAUCAGGAUUCUUCAUCUGCACCUCAAAAAACAAGAUCGGCUCUGCUUCCUACAACCUCACCCUCGCAGUAAUGCCGCCUUCCAUGAACAUUGCCUCCACUGCAGGAAUCAUUGGUGGAGUAAUCGCUGCGUUGAUCGUGCUCAUCAUCGUCAUCUACUGCUGCUGUUGUCGGAAGAAGAAAAAGGACGAAGAAUACGCCAUGGGAGUUCGUGAGGAGGAAGAGGAGGAGGAGAGGGAAACUUUCAAAGAGCCGGUUAGAAACGGUGUGAGUCCCCGUGCCGAUGGGCAGGAGGACGCCCGGGGCUCUGACUCCAGUGUGAGGAACCCUGUUGAACUAAGUGAACGCGACUACAAGAACCGCAAGGAUCUUGGCAGCGACUACGACGACCGCCGCAGCGACUACGACGACCGCCGCAGCGACUACAACGACCGCCGCAGCGAUUACGACGACCGCCGCAGCGACUAUGAUGACCGCCGUGAAAGGUACAGUGACCGCAAUGAGCGCUACGAUGACGAUCGCCGCUACGAUGACCGCAGAGACCGUCGUAUUAAUGAUGACGACCGCUAUGAUGAUCGCAAUCGUGACAGACCAGCUGUGCCAGCCAAUAAGCCACCGAGGAGGAACUACGACGACUAAAGCCUCCAACCUGUAUCGGCCAUCUUCUGUCUUCUCCAUCGACUUUACUCCAAUGGCAGCCAGAUAAAUCUCACUCAAGGUGUGGCCUGGUUGGCUCAAACAACAUUUUUCCCUCCAUGGCUCUUGUUUUGAAAUAAUUGGCUCAAACGCCACAAAUAUACUAGAAUUAAGAGGAAGCAUAGUCUGUCCGAGAGGUUGAACAGUUUUGAGGAAAGAUUAGUUUGUUUUAGAGAGCUGUGUGAUACAGAAGUUAGGUGGUAUUUUAGCUUUAAACUCACAUUGUUGGCAUUGUUACAUAAGAAUGCAAGGCCUUGUCGUCUGUCUUGAUUUGAGAUGUAUUCUGCUGUUGGGUGUAACUAGUGGUAGUUGGGUUUUUUAGGAUGCUACCUCCACACUAAAAAGGGCUUUAAUUUUUUGUUUUUUUUUUUACGCUUACUAGGAUUAUUUCUGUUUAUUUGACUAAUGUCUAAUGUCUCUUUUUAUAGAAACAUAUUUAACCAGUUUUAAUGUCCUCUAUUUGGUGCAUUUUUUUUUUCUUCCUCUGAUUGUUGGGAUUAUUAAUUUCACCACAGAUCUAUUUUUAAAUGAAUAAAUAAAUGUCUAAAUUUGGAAUGUAAAUAAUCUGUUUUAUCUUGAAUUAUUUUGUAAAGAGAUGUAUGUUGAAAUGCAAUGAAAUUAGACAAUUUACAUUACAAAUGGUAUUAUUUUUAUCUCAGCAAUGGUAAUGUUACCAGUUUUACAUUUGGAUUUGUGUUGUGAAACAUUGUGUGUACUCUCAAUCAUGAAAUAUACUGUAAAAAUAAAGCUGAAAUAAAAUUAACAAAACA